AUGGCCACCAUGACGGAAUUGAGUCCCACAGCAGGGAAGACUAAACACUCCCAAGAUACACGAGUGGAUGAGAGUCUCGUUCCCAAGAAAGUUCUAAGCUUCCGCUCCACUCGCUAUGGAAUAGCCUUUAUCACACACUUCUGCAAUUUUAUACUGAUGGCACAGUAUGCUGCCAUCAACAUCAGCAUGGUGGCCAUGGUCAACGGCACAAACCUUCAGUCCCAGUUUAAUGGCUCCACCGAGAGUCUGCCUCUUGACGCACUUGGUGGCUCAGAUGAUGCGCCAAACAGUCUUCCAGCAGAGGCCCCUGUGUAUGACUGGAGCCCUCAAAUCCAAGGCAUCAUUUUUGGUUCUGUCAACUAUGGCAUGAUGCUGACAACGGCGCCCAGCGGGUACCUGGCUGGAAGAAUAGGAACAAAGCGUGUGGUUGGCGUUUCUUUGGUUGUAUCCUCCCUUCUCAUUAUCUUCACCCCGCUGGCGGCUGACCUGGGGCUAGCCUUCCUCAUUGCAACUCGAAUAGUCCAGGGCCUGGCCCAGGGCUCGAUAUUUGGGGGCCAGCACGCGCUUUGGGAGAGAUGGGGUCCUCCACGUGAACGAAGCCGCCUCUGCACCCUCGCUCUAUCAGGAAUGAUGCUGGGAACCUUCACCAUCAUCCUCCUGGGUGGCAUCAUCAGCCAAACCCUCGGGUGGCCUUUUGUCUUCUAUAUCUUUGGAGGCAUUGGCUGCGUCUACUGCCUUCUCUGGUUUGUUCUGGUGUAUGAUGACCCCGCCUCUCACCCAUGGAUAAGCGUCACAGAAAAGGAGUAUAUCGUAUCUUCCUUGGCCCAACAGGUCAGCCCUCAUAAGCAGCCUCUUCCGUUCAAGGCCAUGCUCAGGUCUCUACCCCUGUAUGCCAUUUGUCUGUGCAGUUUCAGCCAUCAGUGGCUGAUCACCAUACUGAUUGUAUACAUGCCAACUUACAUCGGCUCGGUGUUCAACAUUAAUAUCAGAGACAAUGGGUUCCUGUCUGCCUUUCCUUUUAUCAUUUCCUGGGUCACUGGUAUCCUGGGAGGCCAACUGGCAGAUUUCCUCCUGACCAAGAAUUUUAGGCUCGUUACCGUGAGGAAAAUUGCCACAUUUCUUGGAAAUUUCCCCUCCUCAGUGCUCCUCGUGGCUCUGCCCUACCUCACCCCUGACUACGUCACCACAAUGACCUUCCUCAUAGUCUCAUGUGGGUUAACCCCCUUCUGUCAGUCAGGGAUCUAUAUCAACACCUUAGACAUUGCUCCGAGGCAUUCCAGUUUUCUCAUGGGAGCCUCAAGGGAAUUCGGAUACACAGCAACUAUCCUGGCACCCACCAUCAGCGGGUUUCUCCUCAGUCAGGAUCCCGAAUUCGGAUGGAGAAAUGUCUUUCUGUUGUUGUUUGCCAUUAACCUAUCAGGAUUGAUCUUCUACCUUAUAUUUGGAGAUGCAGUUGUCCAAGACUGGGCUAAGGACAGGAAACUCACUCGUUUAUGA